GCACAAUGUAGGUGGAAGGAUUAGUUGCGGAAUUCGUGCUUACUGCGGUGAGAAUCUAAAAUAAGUCUUUUAUAUAGGUUAGGUACAUACAGUAGUACUUAACUACGGCCGUAUGUACAACUGGCAAAUAUUCAUGGCGCGAAAUGGCAUCAUCGAACAUGUCGCCCAAACUUUGAUAUCCCCUAGAUCAUCAUAUCGCCAUCGAUCACGGCAUACCGAGUCCGGUUCUGAUCGCCAAAUGAUCGCUGGUGGCUUUGCUCUACUAUUAUUGCAUAGUAUCGUUAUUUCAUAUUUCAUUAUUUAAACAGAAUAUGGUGCAAGGUGACGUGUUCCAUCUCCUGAAUAGUAUGGGGGCCGGUCCCCUUGCUGUAGGUGCAUGUGGAGUUCCGGCAUAAUAAGCGUUUCAAGGUUCCAUAGUAUAUAUCAUAUUUAC